AUGUUUCAACGUGUUUUGCUUACCGUACUUUUACUUCCAUUAAUAUGUCAUUCGAAGCGGCGAAGAGCUUUGUUCAGUCCAAUAUCCAAGAGUUCUGAAGCCAAACGAGUAGUAAAUGUGAUUACAACGUACAGUCAACGCAGUAAAGAGUAUUGUACUGGCACUUUGUUGUCUAAUACUCUGGUGUUGACAGCUGCUCAUUGUGUUCAUUCAGAAAAUGCUGGGCAGUAAGUGUAAUAUUGUUCGAAUUGUUAUAAGAUGAUUUUAUCAAACGUAUUUUACAUUAGUAAAGAUAUUUUACUUUUUACAGUAUAUUGUAGGCUAGAAUAAAGAAAUUUUCUGGUUUUAUAAGCUAUCUUUUAGUUGCGAAUAUAAAAUGAAAUGUUUCAGAGCUUUGUCAAUUGAUGUACGACUUUCUACUGGAGAAACGCGUCGAGUUAAGAAGCUUUUUUUGCACCGCCAUUACCGUAAUGAGGUAACCAAUACGCUUGCUAAUAUAGUAUACUGUGUUAAGCUUUCCAAACUAAAUUAAAAAAGAGUUUUAAAAUUACUUACUAUAAGAUGAACAUCUAGUACAUAAAUUUAAGGCGCCUUGUCACGAUGUAGCCAUAUUACUGCUGGACAGAUCAGCCAAGCUAACAAUUGGCCCGUUAAAUCUGGGUUGUAAAGAUGAAUGGAAUUCUGGAAAUUGCACGGCUUAUGGGAAUGGUGUUAUUGAGAGUAGGAGAAUGAUUUUAUUUUUAUUUCAAAUACUUUUAUUUUUUAGGUGAUAAAUUUUUGUUUUAGACUGCAAUUUAGGUAUGAAAACUUUUAUUUUAUACAUAUAUAUUCAGACGGAGAAUUGUCAGAAUCAGUCCGAGAAGUGAAAUUCAGAAUCGACAAGCCCACGGUCGAGUUCUUUAGCUCUGAUCAAUGUUGGGAGACUUACUAUACAUCAAGGGCCAAGUUAUGUCAGGUAAGAUAACUACAGUGAGAUGCCUGAAUCACAAACCCUUUUAAAACGAACUUUCUGUGUUGUAGGGCGACUCUGGAGGUCCAGUUUUAUGCCAAACAGGUAGCAAAACGUCGAUUGUUGGUGUGAAUGUUCAAAUCGUGAGCAACUAUGACGGUGACUCGCCUUUAAUCAUUUGCAAACUGUCAUAUGGCUCGAUCAUUUCCAAUUACCGUGCCAUUCUUGAGUUGAUCCAACAACUACCGUCCAAAUACAGAAAUUAUAUUCUACAACAAUUUGAUACUACUGGUUGUUUUUGA